AAGAGAAAGGGAACAUGUUGUAAUUUUGGAGAAUUAAUUUAACUAGUUUAUGUGAUUUUUGUCUCCAUUUAAAUUCAUGUUUUAAGCAUGAGAGGAUCGACGAAUUGCAUCCAGUUAAUAUUGGCUAAUGCAUGGAAUCAAUUUAAUAUAACCUAACAAACUUGAAAACACAGCACCAACGAUACAAGCUAUUUUCUUCUGACCAUAUUUUUUUUCACUUCUCUUAUGUAUCAAUAGUCCCGCAGAUAUUCUUACACAUUGUCUAGAAUGUUUGUAGGGUCAUCCUCUGUAGUUUCAUCAAAUUUACAGCGAAAUUACUCAGCAAUGUCCAAUUCUGACAAGACAAUCUUGAUGACUGGGGGAGCCGGAUACGUCGGCAGCCACACGGUGUUGGAGUUUUUGCAGCUUGGGUACUCUGUUGUUGUCGUGGACAACUUUUCAAACUCUUCUGCAGAGAGUGUAGUUCGUGUCGAGCAACUGACUGGCAGACAUGUGUCUACAUAUCAUGUGGACCUCGUUGACAAGCCUUGCCUACAGGAUGUUUUUCAGAAGCACAAGGUCUACUGUGUGGUGCACUUUGCAAGCUUGAAGGCAGUCGGAGAGUCGUGCAAGCGUCCGUUCAUCUAUUACAAACAGAACCUCAUCGGUCUCCUCAAUCUCGUCGAGGUGAUGCGAGAGAACGGGGUGCGGAACCUUAUCUUUUCGAGCUCGGCGACGGUGUACGGGCCACCCAAAGUGCUGCCACUGGUGGAGACGCUGGAGACGGGUGGCUGCACUAAUCCGUACGGUCGCACCAAGUUCUUCAUCGAGCACAUUCUGCAGGACAUCUGCCUCGCCGAGGGGGACUGGAACAUUGUGAUACUGCGGUACUUCAACCCUGUCGGUGCUCACGAGUCGGGGGAGAUCGGAGAGGACCCUCAGGGUGUUCCGUACAAUCUCAUGCCUUACAUCGCUCAGGUGGCCAUAGGAAUUCGAGAUUACAUCCACGUGGUCGACCUUGCCAGAGGCCAUCUGUCAGCCAUGCAGAAGAUCGACGAAGACUGUGGCUUGAAGAUAUACAACCUCGGAACUGGGAAAGGCAUCUCGGUGCUGGAGAUGACGAAGGCGUUUGAGACGUACACUGGAACUAAGAUUCCAUACAAAAUAGUGGGCAGGCGUGAAGGUGACGUGGCCGCUAUGAUCGCUGAUCCCGGAAAGGCCAACAGAGAACUUGGCUGGAGAACAGAACGCGGUCUGAAGGAAAUGUGUGAAUCUCUCUGGAAAUGGCAGUCAAAGAAUCCACAAGGUUACAAGACCAACAAGUAGUUCUAUAGUCAAAACGAAGCUUUGAGGGUGCUCUUAUUGCUCAAAAGUAAACAACCAAUCUCUCCAUAAGAAGAAAAUUCGCGAUUAGUUUACACUUUCUACAUCACUGUGCAAUACGGUAUUCUCCCUUUGAUGACUCUUCAGUAUGUCCUUCAUUAGCAGUAAAAGUCUCAAGCAGUCCGAGAUCUUUACAUAUCUUUUGUUUCGUCCCGUUUUGCGUUGGUGGAAGCUUCAAGAUUGAACUGUACACAACCUGUGGCGAAAAAGUGUUGAAAAAGAAAAGAGAAACUCGUUAAGCCUUCAUAUCUAAAAUACCUUCAACACCCCUCCCCCUACUACCACCUGCACCCUGCUGUCUCAGCGCUAUCUUUGUUUUGAGAGCAUUAGCAUAAUCUUCCUUGCGGGUUAUUUUCCAGGAAAAGGAAUGGGGUCUGACAGGAAUAUUGAAUUAAAGAUGAGUUGGGGGUAUUGUUGCGGAACUGGUGGCUGAGCCAAAAAUUGAUCUUAGUAAUCGGCUUAUAGGUGCAAUGGGAGGUCAUGUGUUCUGUUGUGGUCUUUGCUUGCUUUGAAGUUAUGGGUAUGGAGGUUAGUUCACAUAGUUGUUUGAAAACCUUCUUGUUGCUGUCGUGCCUUAAUUCAGGGCUUGGGAGAAGGCACCUCUUGCAUUUAUGAGAGGUCGAGAGGGAAAGGUGCGCACACCGUGUUGGUUGGCUUGCUUUGCUGGUGGAAGUGACUGCCUUAUGUAUGUGGUGUUUAUUCCCUGUAGUGCCAGACAUUGUAUUUUCAUGUGUAUUUGUAUGAUUUUGGUGUAUUUGUGCAUUAUGGAAUAAAAUGAAAGAAGAAAGAUUUGUUUAAA